AUGAUGACAUUUUUCACCACGUCUGCCGGGUACGCCCCACGUGGUGAUCAGCUCGUACGACCCCCACCAGACGAUGAAGUUGGUGCGGAAGAUCAUGGUCGGCACGAGGCCCUUGUACAGCGUGCGCAGGCCGUCGUGCUUGACCAGCUUUAUCAGGCAGUCGAUCGGCCCGGUGUACUGCUUGGUCUUCGCGUCGUACUGGACCUGCAGUCGCGCCUUCAGCUGUUCUAUCGGGGCGGCCACAAAGGACACGGUGAGGCCAGAGCCGAGGCCGGCGAGACAGCAGCCUGCAAGGGGCAGCUUUUGCUCGGUGGGGUACAGGUUUUCCUUGACCAGCCGGCGGUACAGGGUGAGCGAGCCGAGCAUGACGGAGUCCAUGAGCACCCAGCCCACCAGCGGCGGCGUGAAGCCCUUGUACAGUCCGCGGACUCCUUCGUAGCGUAG